UGGCUUUUACAAACACCACAGAAGGAAGCGAGGUUCAGCUGUCAAAGCGGCAGCACCGGAGCGGACAUGGACUCUCUGACGCAUCUCAACACGUUCAUCUCUGAGCGGCUCACGGCUGCUGCUGUGGAGAUUUUCGGCGCGGUGGAGGAAACGCUGCUGGAGCAUCAGAGAGAAAUCAGCCGGUCCAAGCCACCCGCUUCGGAUGUUAUCAGCCAUUACGAAUGGGCUGAUCAGAACUUAUCAGCGCAUUCGAUUUAGUAACUGAUCAGCUCAGUCAUCAUUGCUGUGAUAAGGAAGCUUCACCUGGGAAUCGGUCCCGGGCUCUGAGCCCAGAGCAGCAGACCGCCCUGCAAGUCAAAGAGGAACACGACCAGAGUCAGCGAGGAGCGUCAUGCAGGCAGCAGUGCGAUGCGCCUGUGUCUCCUCAGAGUGUGAAACUAGGUCACAAAGAUCUGCCCUCGCAUCUUUACAGAAUAAUCCCUGUUGAACAGACAGCUGAUGUCAAAAGUGAGCCCGACAGUGAUGGCUUCACCGCAUCUCCAUCCAGCAGCGGGACUGAGAUGCACUGUGGAAUAGAUGCAGAAUUGUGUGGACAGGUUUCGCUGACAGACCCACUUGAAAUCACUGAUCGCAAGCAAAACUGGCCUGAUGAGCAGCAGUACCAUGAGCAAGACUGGAGUGCCUGUCAGCAGCAUGAGGACCCUGAUCCCACUCAGAUUAAAGUAGAAAAGUUACCUUUAACUUCUUCUCAGGAAGAGACUGUGCACGAGUUCAAGCCAGAGAGAAGCUUCUAUGUGGAGCCUCACUUUUCCAACCACAACCAGACUCUUAGAAAUCAAACAUUUCAUCCAACGGAGGAGGAAAGAAGAGACGUUGAGGCAGAAGGCAGUAAUCUGUUCAGAGUUUCUCAGCCUUUCUCUUCACACUAUCCUGCCCCUCAGGGGGUCUGUCAGGAAAGUGCAGGAGGUCCAGUGAAUGGAGAAUCAUUUAAAGAGCAUCCAUUAUCAGGAGUAAUGGAAAGAAGGCGAACAAACUCCAACCUGUGCCACAAAGUCUUCAGUGUUGCACUGGAGGGAGCAGGGAGUGGUCUGACCAAAGAGAGGAGACACACCUGUCCCAUCUGCACCAAGAGGUUCAAAGAGUCGAGCCAUUUGAAGGAGCACGUCAGGAUCCACACGGGGGAGAAGCUGUACCGGUGCGAGCAGUGCGGCACGAACUUCAGGCAGAGUGGAGCUUUGACUUUGCACACGAGGAUCCACACGGGAGAGCGGCCGUACGAGUGCAGCGGCUGCGGCCGACGCUUCAAUCGCAAAGGCGACAUGGAGUCCCACAUGGUGACUCACACUGGGGAGCGCCCCCACCUGUGUCUGGUGUGUGGGAAGAGCUACAGGAGGAAGAGCAACUUAAAGAUGCACCUCAAGAUCCAUGCGGAGGGUCAGAAGCUUCACACCCAACCACUUUAACUGUUUUCAUUUGAUGAUAAAAUGAUUUCAGUGAAUCAUUUUAGCUGCAUAAAAGGCAUGAAGGAGCAGUGAGCAGCUUGAAUCAACACAGCCCUGGAGCAGGGGGUUGUUCAGAUCAGUGCGUUGAUGAAGUGUUUUCAUGAAUGUAUGUGUGUGUUUUUCCUUCUGCCUCUUGUGCUGCAACUGGUCAAACACAAGUUAUCAUUGGUUGUUCAUGAGGAUUUGUCGCAACUGGGUGGUCAGUGCAGAGAGGCUGUAAGGAGAUGUUCUGUGAUAGUCACACAUAUUUUAACUUUUGCUACUUUAAGCACUUUAGGCCUGUAAACUUUAACAAGGACGCAUCUUUAUCCAGCAACAGCACGACAGAACAGCAAACCCUGGUAGGUCCCUAGAUGGCUGAUGUGUCUAUUCCCCCCAUGCCCUGAUCAUGUCAUAUAGUGAAGGUCGACCUGCACUCACUCACUCACUCACUGCUCCACACAUCUAGUGGAAAAUCAUUCAUUUAUUAUUUUUAUUCCAUUAAUUUAUUAUUAUUAAUUAUUACUUCCUAUUAGUACUGUGGACCCUUCAGUGCUGUGAUGUGUCUGUAAACGUUGGUAAAAACAACAAUUACACCAUUACUUUGUUUUAUUAUAAUGGUUAUUAUUAAUCUGAUUUUCUUUUCUCUUUGAACUCACUUAUAACAUUCUUUGUCAGACUAAUUCCUGUCUCUCUCUAUAUAAAUUUGUCCUUCUCCUCCUUUACAAUGUUUUUCUCUCCUUUGCUGACACAACUGUGUUAUGAAGAACUCAUCCUAUUGAAGAAAAAAUAAAAAUGUCUGUAGCAGCACACAAGCAAAAACAAA